AUGCUGGACCGCAGGAAGGACGAGUCAAUUCUCAAGGUUUGGAAAGGAAAGGGUGUUCCUCAUGUCAACUCCGUUCGGAAUCGAAUAUCCCUUAUCCAUCCGCACUUAUGGAGAGGCAAGCCGUUCAGGGAACUGACACAUGCCAAACGGAAGACUGGAGGACGUGACGAAACCGGUAGAAUCGCUACGAGACAUGUUGGAGGAGGAGCCAAGCAGCGAAUCCGGACAAUCGACUUUUAUCGAUUCAUCCCCGGCAUUCACGAUGUCAUUCGAUUGGAGUAUGAUCCUGGUCGAUCAUCCCAUAUCGCCUUGCUGAAACGACGUGACAAUGACGCCAAGCCCUUGACACCUAACGAGACGACUGAAGAGCGAAAAGUCGCUUGGCAAGUCAUGCAUGGGGAAGGAAAAGGCCGCGGGAAAUUUCCGUCCGAGGCCAAAAAGGCCGUCUUGUCUGGCUGGAGUUAUAUUACCGCUCCUGAUGGAUUAAGGGCAGGGGAUACAGUCCGAUCAUUCAGGAUGGGUGUACCUCAGGACUACGUCGAAGGCUGGAACGAUUUGAGAAAUUCUGGUGCGAUUAGGCGAGCAGCAGACAAGGCAAUGGAAGCUGCCGAGGCCGGUGUGGAUGAAGAUCUCAACGACGAAUAUGACAUCGAUGAUGAUCCAGCUUCUCCUCAGACAGUAAACCCUCCAGCCGUCUCGCAUGCCGACGCAGAAAUCGGACCUCGUGCACUUGCACUGUUCCGAACGGAAGCUAUGCAACCUGGUAAUGUGUUGCCUCUUUACCUCAUUCCACCCGGUACUCCGAUUCACAAUAUCGCCUUGAACCCAUUGGCGAAGAUGACCUUGGUCAGAUCGGCUGGAACGACAGCUGAACUCGUUGGACAUACCGAUUUGAACGGGGACUCGUUAGGUGGUCUGGACGUUUUGAAGAUUGGAGGUCAAAUGAGAUGGGAUGGAAGUGUGACCAAGACCAACGGGUGGGCAUUGGUCAAAAUGGCCAGUGGAGAAAUUCGAAGAAUCAGUCCGGGAGCAUGUGCAACUGUUGGCCGAGUCAGCAACCAUCAGCACAAUCAAAUCUCCCUCGGAAAAGCUGGACGAGCCAGAAAUCUUGGAAGACGACCCAGAAACCGUGGUGUCUCCAUGAACGCCGUGGAUCACCCGAUGGGAGGUGGUAAGGGUAAAGGAAAGAGUGGAAAGGAGUCUACAAGUAUUUACGGAUGGACCUCAAAGGGUCGACGAACGAGAAGAGCCUCUGACAAGGGCGGAAACAAGCUGUGA